ACUCCCGAUAGAUUCGAGAGGAAUUAUAAAUAUGGCGAUGUUGAGGCAAGGACAGUCUCAGUUUGAGGACCGAUGGCCCUCCAUGAGACCGACUGCCUUAAAGUUACUUAGACAGGAACCAGUUACCAAAGCAGAAUGGCAGGACCUGUUCUGUGCUGUACAUUCAGUAUGCCUUUGGGAUGACAAAGGUCCACAGAAGAUGUAUCAAGCUUUACAAGAUGAUAUACUAGAAUUUAUACAGCAUGCUCAAUCAAGGGUAUUAAAAAACCAAGAAGAUUCAGCAUUACUUAAAGCUUACAUAGCAGAAUGGGGUAAAUUCUUCACACAGUGUGACUAUUUACCUAAACCAUUCAUGCAGCUUGUUACCUCAUUAUCGGGUAAACCACAUGGUAGCGUACCAAAGAAAACUCCAGGAGAGGAAAGUUUAGUUAGAAAGUUAAUGUUAGAUAGCUGGAAUCAAAAUAUAUUUUCCAAUAUCAAACAGAGGUUACAGGAUAGUGCAAUGAAAUUAUUACAUGCUGAGAGAAAUGGAGAGGCUUUCGAUUCUCAACUUGUUAUAGGUGUUCGAGAGUCUUAUGUAAAUUUGAGUUCCGAUGUAGAAGACAAAUUGAAGAUUUACCGAGAGAAUUUUGAGAAAGCCUACUUAGAAGCAACAGAAAAGUUUUACAAAUUAAAAGCUCCACAGUACUUAGAGGCUAAUGGUGUACAGAAUUAUAUGAGAUAUGCUGACUCUAAACUGAAAGAAGAGGAGGCCAGAGCUAGGAGAUACCUUGAGACAGGAUGGGGAUGUAACUCAGUUGCUACAUUAACAGAAUGUUGUGUUACUGUCCUGGUGACAGCAUUUAAAGAAACCAUAUUAAAAGAAUGUGCUCAAAUGAUCAAAAGUAAUGAAACUGAAAAAUUGCGGUUGAUGUUCAGUCUAAUGGACAGGGUACCUGAUGGUAUAACACAGAUGCUCGUAGAUUUAGAACAUUAUAUAUUCAAUCAAGGGUUAGCAGACAUGAUGGCUGCUGCUGAGUCAAUUACAACAGAUUCAGAAAAAUAUGUAGAACAGUUAUUAGAAUUAUUUAACAGAUUUAGUACUCUAGUCAAAGAUGCUUUUAAUGAUGAUCCAAGAUUCCUCACAUCUAGAGAUAAAGCUUACAAGUCAGUUGUGAAUGACACAUCAGUAUUCCGUCUAGAAAUUCCUAUGAAAAAUAAAGGUAUUGGUGCCAAAACACAGCCCGAGUCAAAGUGUCCUGAACUUUUAGCUAAUUACUGUGAUAUGUUAUUACGUAAAACACCCUUAAGUAAGAAACUCACAUCUGAGGAAGUCGAAACAAAAUUAAAAGAUGUGUUACUUGUGUUAAAGUAUGUACAGAAUAAAGAUGUUUUUAUGAGGUAUCACAAGGCUCAUCUAACACGACGAUUGAUAUUAGACACAUCAGCAGACAAUGAGAAAGAAGAAAAUAUGGUGGAGUGGUUAAGGGAAGUAGGUAUGCCUGCAGACUAUGUUAAUAAAUUAGCCAGAAUGUUCCAAGAUAUUAAAGUCAGUGAUGAUCUCAAUCAAGAAUUUAAAGAUGCUCACCGCAACAAUAAUGAAGGAAUUGCAGAUUCUAUAAAUAUAAAAAUCCUUAAUGCUGGAGCUUGGGCCAGAUCAAGUGAUAGAAUAGCUGUUACACUGCCAAUGGAAUUAGAAGACUAUAUCCCACAAGUGGAGGAGUUCUACCGACAGAAACACAGUGGUCGUAAAUUACAGUGGCAUCAUCUGAUGUCUAAUGGUAUUAUAACUUUUGGUAAUGAUACAGGCAAAUUUGACUUAGAAGUGACUACAUUUCAAAUGGGAGUAUUAUUUGCAUGGAAUCAGAGACCUAAAGAUAAAAUUAGUUACGAAAGUUUACGUUUAGCAACAGAACUACCAGAUACAGAAUUAAGAAGAACACUCAUGUCACUAGUAGCUUUUCCUAAGAUAAAAAGGCAGCUGUUAUUAUGUUCACCUGAGGCUAAAUCAUUGAAAGAGUUUACUGAUAGUACACAGUUCUGGGUAAACCAGGAAUUCUCACUUAUUAAAAAUGGAAAAGUACAGAAAAGAGGUAAAAUAAACUUAGUAGGACGUUUACAGUUAUCCACAGAGAAGAGUCAAGAGGAAGACAAUGAAGGCAUCAUGCAGCUUAGGAUAUUACGUGUUCAGGAAGCAAUUGUAAAGAUUAUGAAGAUGAGAAAGCGAAUAACCAAUGCAGCUUUACAGACUGAACUUGUAGAAAUAUUACGUAAUAUGUUUCUACCCUCUAAAAAACUGAUUAAAGAACAAAUUGAAUGGUUGAUAGAACAUAAAUAUAUGAAGAGAGACGAGGAUAAUAUAAAUAUGUUUAUUUAUAUGGCAUAAUGUACUAAUGUAAACAUCCCUUAUUUGGCAAUCUUAAAAUGAAUGGUGCUUGUCGAUCGAAGCUGCUCUUCGCAUUUGACUGACCUCAUUUUUGUUCUUAGACUUCUUGUACCCUAUACAACAAGUAAGGACCUGAAGCUCUCAGAAAAUAAAAAAAAACUGGAUAACUUAUUGAAAUGUUGAAAAAAAAAACCUGAAGCUCUUAGAAAAUUUUCAUCUAUUCACCAACUGAAUGAAACUUUUUUUGUUUAAUAGUGUUUCAUGUUGUUUUAGAAAUUUAGAAAUAGCAGCAGAGGACUGUUAUCAGGUUCUUGCAGCAAUUUUGAUAUACACAGUUUUUUACACCAUAUUAUUUUCACAAUUUGCCUUUAAGAUCCAUAAUCUCACCUUUUAUUUUAAAAUUAGUUUUCUUUUCUUGAUUCAGUUGUAACUGCCAUUUUUUAAAGGUCUUUAUUUUACCGUAAAAAAAAAAAAAUAUUGGUAAUUUAACGGUCACACAAGAAUAUGCAUAUUCAAAUGCAUCAUUUCCUGGAAAGGUUGUUUAUGAAAAAUGAUGACUGUUGUUUGUCAUAAUUUGCUUAUUUAUGCCCAUAUUUUUGCAUAUUCCAAAACUAUCGAUGAAUUUAAAAUUAAGGAAAAGUAUUGUUCAUUAUGGAUAAUUACAUGUCUUAACCAAAAUAAUUAUCCCAUUAUGUCAUUGUUUUGAAAUUUUAUAAAUGUUUUCCAGAAAAAAAUUUUAAUGCAGCAAAUUUCAAUAUUCAUGUGUUUUGAUAUAUGUGUAUACUUAAAUUGAACACAUGAGUUAUGUUUCAUCCUUUCAAAAUUUCAGUGCUGUAUGGCUUGAAUAAUUGAUUAUACAAUGUAUUAUAAAUAAGGGAAAUUUGAGAGGGAAACUAAUCAAUACAUCUUAGCUGAACUAACAAUAUGCUUAUUUCUAGGGUCUAAUUUGAAUGUCCUUUAAACUAUUUGUGUUGACAUUGUACAUAAAAACCUUCUUACCUUAUCAAGAUUUGAAGAUCUGCUUUUAGAUAAUAAAAAAUAGAAUUGGAAAAAAUAAGCAUUUCAAAUUUUGACAUAAAAAUAAAAUAAUGAAAUAUUUUGAUACUGUAACAUGAUUGUAUGGUACGACACAUUAUUCACAAUUUUGUGUAUAUUUUUAAUUGAGAACAGGUGUUAGUAUAUAUUAACUGUCACUGUAAGAUAUAGCAUUUAAGAUCAGUUUCUUUUUUUUUUAAAAAGAACUUGUUUUUAUCAGUUUUGAGAAAACCCCUACAACUUUUUUCAGAAACAAGGUUUUGAGACAAACCCAUUCCAGUGACAUUUCUGUACACUGUGCCAUAUUGAUACCCCAGGGAUGUUUUAUCAACGGGCUUUCACAUUCUAAUUGUACAUAAUUUUACAUUGUUUGUAUAUAUGUAAACAUUUUGUAUAUCUUUUAGUAUCACAUUAAGUAUGGAUGUUUAGUUCAUUACAUUUUAAGAAUAUAUGCAUAAAUUUACAUUUAGUUAAAAAAUACCAUAAAAAUUUGAUAUUACCUAAGCAAUUUUUUUGUACGAAUGAUUUUUUUAAAGAGAAAAACGAAAUAUCGAGGAAAUAAAAGAGUAAAGAAAUUACCCUGUCUGUCAACUGAAGAACAUAUGUUCAUGAAACUUCAAAAAAUAAAAUAUGCAUACAACGAGGUGCAUUAAGCAAAAAUAAUUAUGAUAAACCAUUUUGAAUGGAAUAUGAUUGAAGAUGUCUUGGAGAAUGGGUAGCAUGUUAUGGACAUGCUCAAUAUAUCUCAUGUUAUCUCACUGGUAGUUUUCAAUUUGUCAUUUCUGAAACUAAAGGAUUGUUGGUAAUUUCAUUGUUCGUAACCCAAAAUGAAAAUUACUUCACUUCAUUGGCUGAAUUUUCAUUUUUUAGGACUUUGUAAGCCAAUCACAAUGUUUUGGUGUAUGUUGUGAAAACAUUACCCACAAUUCAUUAGAUUUUGAAACGGCGAAUUGAUAGGGGGUAAUGUGUCCUGUCUUCAACAACCAUGUUUUUAAAUAUCAAUAGUACAGAUUUAAGAAUGUUCGCUACUCUUGUUUUUGACUUUUUGUCUGAUAUUUGGAGUGCUCUAGUUUUAUCCAUGUAGUGCCAAUAAAUAUUUUGCCCACUAACCCUUACUUUUCUUUUCAUACUUUCAUUACAUAUAGUUGAUAAAGCCAUUUUUGAAAAUCUUAUGAAUUCCUUGUUAAUUUUUCAUAGUUUUUGAAAGAAAAAAGGUGCCAAUGUUAAACGUAUGAAAAAUCUAGAGAGAAUCAUUUCCCACCAAAUUUUCGAUCGAUUAUAUCUUAAAAACUAGGAGACAGAGUCACAGACCUGUCAUUUUUUUCCUACUUUUUAAGUUUCUUUAUUUAUAUACUAUCAAUUUAUAACAGUCUUUGUUAAAAAGCUUGUUAUUUUCAAGAGGAGGAGCAAUAAUCUUCAAACAACGGUACAUUGAUUAGGGAGCUACCAUUUGAUUUUUAUGGGGGGGGGGGGCUAGAAUGAAAAAUUUUGUCCUGCAUUUUUUUUUAAGUUGUAAUCUCUGUCCUGCCUUUUUAUUUUUCACUCUAUUUGAUCCGGCCUUUUUUUUUAUAUAAAAAUCAAAUGGUAGCUCCCUUAGGAACAUUUUCAGAUGUUUAUCAUUAAAUGUAGCAUAAAGUUUAUAUGGUUAUUUUCAACUAAGUGUACCAUUUCUUGUGUGAAAGCGAGUUUUGAAUUUCAAUAUAUAUAAAGUAAUAAUUGUUGGUAUUUAUGUUUUAACAUUUGUUUUGUGUCAUAUGAAACAUAUUAUUUUCAUUAUUUAGCUUGCACUGUAAACCAUUUCUUCUAUGUCAUGAAUAUAUUUAAUUCUUUUGAUACAGAGGAUUGCCUCAGAAUUUGAUGACACUUAAGUAUUGAUAUAUUAUUCAAGUUCUCUCUUGGUCAGCUUGACCAUCUGUGAAGACACUAUGGUAAAAUUUAGAUAAAAAUUUUUGGUCAAUUUGUCACUGGGUUUCUGUCUAGUUUAUAUUAGCCCCACCUUUUUUGGUAUUCACAUUGUUUGUGUGAAACUUUUAUAUCAAUGAUUACAGUAUAUAGAUAAGAAAUAAAUGUACAUGAGUCAAUGUUCCCAAAACACAGUGUAAAACAAACAAACUAAGUUCACAAUAUUUUCUUCAAUUUAUAAUUUAGAAUUUGACCAUAUAAAGAAACAGCAAAUUGAAAGAAGAUUUGCUUUGAUUUUAACAAAAACAAUAUCGACUUUGUCAAAUCAUUGAUAUAAUGUAUGAGCUUUUCUUAAAACAAAAAAACUGCAUAUUUGACAGAAAUUUUUAUCAUUCAGCAUAAUAGAUAAAUCAUGGCAGUGAAUUACUUCCCCUUUGUAGCAAUUAAUUACUUCCCUUUUGUAGAUGCGAAUACUUGUUAAAUUGAAUGUAAACUGAAUGUAUAUCAUCAAAAUAAAAAAAAAACUUAGUCAUUAUUGAAAGUUUUUUGUUGUUGCUAAGAACAGUUUAAAUGACAAAAAAACUUGUCAAUUGGUUAAGUCUGUAUGUUGAAAUCUAGUUGGUUUUUCUGGAUGUUAUUAUGUUGUUGGCAUGUGGUAUCAUAUACCCAAAUUUUCUUAUAUCAGGUUUAUAUAUUUAAAAUCAUUGUUGAUCUAUAUCAAGUUGAACACUACUCAAUAUCUAAGUUGCUUCUUUGAUGUUUAUAAACGGGGAAUUUAAGGUUGGAGGGUCCUCUUAUGUUUUUACUUCGAAUUAAACAAAAAAUUGAUGAACAAGCAUAUAGAUGUAAAAUUAAGUCAUUACAAAUAUGAAAUUUAAAGAGUGAUUUUAGAGAAAAAAAAACUUUAGAAAUGUGUGAAUCCAUGAAAAAUCACAUCUCUUCUUAUAAAGGGUAUCAAAAUACAUUUAAAAGGUGUCAAACAUCAAUCCUGAAGUAACACUGUAAUUGAAGAUAGUAAAGUGAGCUUCAGGAGUUACAAUAAUUGAUGUUGUUUUCAUAUAUUGGAUCAUCAAAUAUAGAUGAACGCUAUUAUAGUAAUGCAGAAUAAGAAGGAUGUUCGACUUCUUUUCAAUUUAUAUAAAUGACAUUUAUAGACAGUGACAGAUAUAUUGCUAUACAUUUGUCCCUCUGUAAACAUAUUGAACAGUAACUCAAUCUUGUCUUGAGGGUCUUAUUUCUUUUUGAUUAUUUUCACUUUUAUCAUUCCAGUGUUAUAGGAUUUUAAUCUUUGAAGGAUAAAAAAAUUUCAGAAGUAUGCUUUAAGCCAUUUAUUUCAAAUUUAGCAAAUUAUUAAGAAUGGUCUGAGAGUCUGUAAACUUUUGAUGAUCUUCACUUUUGCUGUUCCAAAGCUAUGAGACUUUUAUCUUUGAAAAUAUGAAGUUUGUCAUCUUGUGUCCUGCACUAACUCAAGUAUACAGAGUAAAUUACAAUCUUUACCAAGUUAAUAACAAUGGUGGUCUGAGGGUCUACACGCUUUUGUAUAUAUUCACUUUUUUCAUUCCACAGUUAUGGGAGUUAGAUAAAAAGCAGAGGUAUAUUGUAUGCCCCAUCGUAGCUGAGGGGGGCAUUAAGUGUUACCCUUGUCCGUACGUACAUAUGUCCCAAAAUUGGUUUCCGUUCUCUAACUUUAGUUUGCUUCAACCAAAUAUAAUGAAACUUAUACACAACGCUUAUACCCACAAAACACAGAUCAAGUGUGAAUUUGGGUGGUGUCACUUUUACUGUUCUGGUGUUAUGUCCCUUUACAUAUGGAAAAAUUGCUGAACUUUUCGUUUCCGUUCUCUAUCUUCGAAAUUUGGGUGGUGUCACUUUUAUCGGUCUCGAAUUAUGCCUCUUUAUAACAUUAUAUGCAAGCGGGGGCAUCCUCUCUAUUUAUUUUUCAAAUAUUUUUUUUAAGUAUAUGCCUCUAAAUAAUCUAAUAUGCAUUCAUGAAAUUUUUAAACAAAGUUUUUAUCAUUCAAUAACCUGUAUUAAGUAUGUUCGCUACUCUGUUUCAAAAUAACAAGCUUUUUAAAGACUGUUUUAAGUUGAUAGUAUAUAAAUAAAGGAACUAAAAAAGCAGAAAAAAAUGAAAGGCCCGUGAGCUUGUUUUUCGAAAUAUAAGCCAUUGAAAAUUUGGCGGGAAAUGAUUCUCUCUAGAUUUUUCAUACAUUUAACAUUGGCACAUUUUUUCUUUCAAAAACUAUAAAAAAUAACAAGGAUUUUUUAUAUUUUUUAAAAAGGCUUUUAAAAUUAUAUGUAAUAAAAUCCUGAAAAGAAAAACAGGGCAAAAUUUGUAAUGGCACUUCAUGGAUAAAACCAGAGGAUUCCGAAUAUCUUGCAAAAAUUCAAAAACAAGAGGAGGGAAAAUCCUUAAAUCUACAUACAAUAUCUACUCUCACUGAUUUUUGGAUGGAUAUACCAUACUAGCACAGUUGUCUAUUGUUAAAUUAUUUAUCAAGGGAAAAAGAGUUUUAUAAGUUAUAAUCUUUGCAUAGGGACUUCUACUUCUUGGUAGUUAAUGUUGUGAGACAUUUUUGAGACAUAUUCUUAUCAUUCAGUGAUAAAUGUGAUUGGAGCUUUGUGUAAUUUUUUUUAGGUCACAACUUUAUAAUGUUACUUUUAUCAUAUGAAUGAGUUUUGUGAAUGUUGAUUUACGCAAGUAUGAAAAAAUGAAGCCUGAACUUAUGAUAUCUAUGAAUUCUGGAGUUUUAAAUCCCUCCCAUAUUUAUAAAUACAUUUCACUGAUGGUAAUCAAUUGUCUUAAGAUUUAAUGAGAAUGUUUUGGUCAUUUAAUUAUCACUGAUGCCAUCCCCACCUCUUACAAAAAAUUUGAAACUUUUGCUAACAGGUUUAAAGCAUUUAGAUUCAGAUAAUAGGAGAAAUAUUUUUUCUUUAUUUGCCUUUAAGCAAAUAUAGUCACUGCUUCUAUAGGCAGGAGCAAUUUAAAGAAAAUAUUUACUGGGAUUGUAGGUGCAGUCAGUAUGCUUUUUAAUCAAACAGUAUUAGAAUUAAUACAAUAUCUCAACGGAUUUAAACCAAUACCUGUGGAACUAUAUUCAAAAUUAUUAUGUUGUAAUAUUUAUUAUUCUAAAUGUCGGUGACUUCGUAACAUUUUAAAAACCUCGCAGUUAAAGAUUCCUACUUAAUUUAAAUUUUUGGCUAUAUGUGUUUUUUAUUUGUGAAUUUUUCUUGGAAAUAGGAUUUUCAAAAAUUUAUAAAAUUCAUUAUGUAUCUGCAUAACUAUUUUUAAAAUCAUAUUUUGAAAAUUGUAUUAUUUAGUAUUGAAAACAUGUAGCAAUGAAUUCCAGAUUUUCAGAUCUUAGAAAAAAAAUCAAACAGGAAAAAAAUCAUUGAUAAAAAAAAUUAAAAGGAUAGUUGUUUAUAGAUCAUGACAUUUAUUGUUGAAUGUUAUUUGUGUGAUGAAUCACUAAUAGUGAAAUAAAGAAAUAUCUUUCUA